UCUCGCUCAGUGCAGUGGGGUUGAUGAUCGGAUUUUCGUCUCGUUCUCUGUGUUGUUGUUCUCGGUGACGCGACGGAGGUGUAGCCUGACGCGGUCUCUUACGUGUCGGCCUGAAUAAAAGUGGAGCUCCGAGGGCUCGAGAGUGACGGAGGGAGUCUGUAUCGCUAACUCGAUGACCAUGGAGUCGGGAGCCGAUGCCCAGCAGGGUGCAGACACCGCGGUCUCUGAAACUGAAAACCAACAGAUCACACAGGCCCAACUCGCCACUCUUGCACAGGUAACAAUGGCUGCCGGACAUGCUAGUGCCACAGGACCCACAGUCACCCUGGUGCAGCUGCCCAAUGGUCAAACAGUACAGGUGCACGGAGUGAUCCAGGCUGCUCAACCUUCAGUCAUUCAGUCUCCACAGGUGCAGACUGUCCAGAUUUCCACAGUAGCGGAGAGUGAGGACUCACAGGAGUCGGUGGACAGUGUGGCCGACUCCCAAAAACGAAGAGAGAUCCUUUCUAGACGCCCCUCAUAUAGGAAAAUCCUGAAUGACCUGUCAUCAGACGCUCCAGGAGUUCCGAGAAUCGAAGAGGAGAAAUCUGAGGAGGACACUGCGCCUGCCAUCACUACAGUGACCGUGCCAACUCCAAUAUAUCAGACCAGCAGCGGCCAGUACAUCGCCAUUACACAGGGUGGAGCCAUUCAGCUUGCAAAUAAUGGUACAGAUGGAGUGCAGGGAUUGCAGACUCUAACCAUGACCAAUGCAGCAGCAGCCCAGCCGGGGACCACCAUCCUGCAGUACGCCCAGACCAGUGACGGUCAACAGAUACUGGUGCCCAGCAAUCAAGUGGUUGUACAAGCUGCUUCUGGAGAUGUUCAGGCCUAUCAAAUUCGUACUGCCCCAACUAGCACUAUUGCUCCAGGUGUGGUCAUGGCAUCCUCUCCGGCCCUGCCAAGCCAAGGAGGUGCUGAAGAGGCCACGCGCAAGAGGGAGGUCCGCCUCAUGAAGAACAGAGAGGCUGCUCGUGAGUGCCGUCGAAAGAAAAAGGAAUAUGUCAAGUGUUUGGAGAACCGUGUGGCCGUUUUGGAGAACCAGAACAAAACUCUCAUCGAGGAACUCAAAGCACUCAAAGACCUGUACUGUCACAAAUCAGAGUAAUGUACCACCCGUUCUCCCUUCAUUCUGGCAGACUUACGUGUACAGAGACUAAAGGGCGAGUCAGCCAGACACGGACGCAUGUUUACUAAAUGUUUUCUUAUUUUAAAUUGCUGCAGACUGCCUGUAUGAACACACAAGUACUUGAGGGAACACAAAUCUCCUCUAGAAAUAUUGGAUCAUGUCAUUAAAGACAAAAAAAAAAAAAAUGCUGAAACCUUACUGUGGACAUAAACACACAAGUAUGUUCUCAGCCGUCUUUACUUCUGGACUCAAACCGAAACUCAGAGGAGGGGUUUGUGGGAAAAUGUUUACCUUUUUUUCCAGUGUGCUGGUGUACAAGUCGUCAAUAACUUUUAAAAGAGAUACAAAUAAUGAACAAUAAUAAUCAUUUAACUGACAUUUCAGAUUUUUUGUCUUGGAGUUGGCAUCAUUCCCUCUUGAGAUUUUAAAGGUUUAACUGUUACUUUUAUUUGGUGUAUAGUGCUAUAUAAAAUCAUGAAAGCUGAUUUACAGAAUCUAUGCCAUUUAUAAACAGAAAUAUUGUGUAUUGUAUACAGAACAAGAUUAUAGCCUGUGCGUAUUUUGAUUUUGACAUUUUACUCAUAUUAGAUGACAAAAAUUGACCUAAAUCAUUUAAUUUCAUAAAAUACUGCCUUUGCAGUAGCAGCAGUUGCACAAACACAAUAUAAAAAUGUGAUUUUAUUGCAGACAUUUGGUCAAGUAUACACCAAAAUUCACAUUACAAUGUCAGGAAGUGAUUUUGAAAUAUGUUUCAGGUUAAACAUUUCUUCACAUUUAUAUUGAUCAUAUUUGGCAGAUCGCUUCUGUGUUCUGCUUGUGUAUCAUACAGCUAUAAUUGGAUGAAAUACAAUCCAAUACAUUCUAUCUCUGGCAUUAUAAACAAAAGCAUGUUUUAUAAAUAUUACAUUAGCUUUGAUAUUGUUAUAUGGUCAAUUUUUCAUUUCAAUACUAACUGGGAGGCAGUGUCUUUGUAUUUGAUAAUGUGAUAACAUAAGUAAAGAGUACAUGUUAUCUAUUAAAUCAUAUGCAUUUUUUGGCAGCUAUUUCAUAUAUAUAAAAAAUGAUAUGUUAAAAGGAUUUCUCUUGGUUUCAUUUUUCCUUUUUCUCAUUCAGUUGCUUUUGAAAAUUCAAGAAACAACUGAACAGUUGGUAACUUUAGUUACAGUUUGCCUUCAUCAAUGUGAGUUGUAUUUUGUUUACAGGGGAUAUAUAUAUAUAUAAUUUUUUUUUUUUUUUUUUUCAAAAUCUGUCAAUUAUCUGACUUUUAAAGUUGUUUAAAAGCAAAAGGGGUUCACAUUUUGGUUAUAGUAUGACAUUUUGCACUGAGGACAGAAAGUUUUAAAAGAGAUAUUAGCAGCCAAAGAGACUUUGAAUUAAAAAUGCCCAUCAACAACUCCAGUCUGUACUGAAAGGUACCUGUGUCAUCUGUUGGCAAGUGCAUCAUCUGCUGCUACUCUUAAACUUCGCACCGUCUGCCUGACGUGUCAUUUACGCAUUCAGGCGUGACAAAUUAGGGAAGCAAUCACUCCUAAGCAGGCGCUCACGGUCCAGAACUGCAGUCUAACUGCUUAUGCAACCUGAUUUCCCUCACAAAACCAAUUAUUUUCUGACACAAGAAUCUGAAUUGGCUCAUCGAAGGACAGACUGACCUCAGCUUUCAGAGAAAUGCAAAUUCUGUCUGUUUUCAGUGAUAGAAUCUUUAUUCAUUUUUCUGAACUGACAUUAACUUUUCCCCCUCUUGUAUGUACCCCGUAUGCAAUGAGAUUGACCUACUGCCAUGCUGGCCAAAGUGAAAUCCGAAAUAUGUGACUGUGUAUUUGUCUUCAUGUAUACAAAAGGCCAAUCAAUCUAAAGCAAUGUUUGAUCCCACUCAUUUUGGACAAACACAUCAUGCACUUUUUGUAUGAUAGCUUUCACCUUUUGGACACUAUGUACAGAACUGGUAGGAUUUUAUAGUGUUUCAAACCUUUAGAAGUGUAUUGUAUAUACCUUGUGACUUGGCUUACAUUUUUAGGAACUUUGCACUCUGUUACUGUUAAAACAAAAUUGUGUAUACUUGUUGUUGUUCCCCCGCCUCCCUUUUGUACACAAAUGUAAAUCUUUAAUAAAAUACUAAUACUGCACAAUGA